AUGAGAAAAGUAUUAAUUAAAAAUAUUAAAACAUCUGAAACAAUAGAAGGAUUUUUAGAAUGCAUUUAUUAUAAUUAUUUAGUAAUUAUAUUAAAUAAAAAUAUAAAAAAAAGAAUUGUUUUGGAUAUUUUUGACGAAGGUUAUUCUAUUCUAAUGGAAAACUCUGAGCUACAAAAAGAAUUAUAUAAUUUAUUCGAUUUUAUCAAACGUCAAAAUUUUGAUAUUAAAAAAAUUCAAAUUUGUAACUGUUUUCGCAAUAUUUUAUGCAUAAAUUGUUUGUUUGUACAUGCAAACAAAUUACUUUUGAAAAAUGAUAAUAUAAUUUUUUCGCAUAGAAUAGAUGUAGAUACAAAUAAUAAAAAAUAUUUAGGACUUUUUUCAGAUAUUUUUACAUAUAAUUUGCCAUUAAAAAGUAAUGUUCCUGAUAUCUCAUACAAUGAUAUACUAAAUUACAAUAUGUCUAUUGAGGAAUCACUUGCAAAUUUUUCAAAGCACUACAACUCUUUAUUUUACCACUUUAAAAAAGUAAUGAAGUGUUUUGAUGUGAGAGCUUUUUUUGAACAUUACUCUGCUUCAAGCAACCUAGAUUUAUAUCUUCUCAAUGAGGCGGUCUUGCUUAUUUUAAUUAACAGUAGUUCUGAUUUUUUAGAUUUAUUUUUUGCAUAUUUAGGUGAAAUGAUAAAAUACAUUAAUCAUUCACCCAACUUUAUAAAGUUACUUAUAGGUCUAUGCAAUUUAUCUAAAUUUAGAAUGACUGAAGUAGUAAUUACUUAUGAUUUAUUUACAGUGUUGAAAAUCAAAGAUAGUUUAAGUGCAUUUUAUUGUUAUAAAUUAUAUCAAAUGCUAGAUAAGGAUUUGAUAUCAAGAUUUGACAAAAAACAUCCCGAUUUUGGUGUUUUUAAAGAUAAUUUUUUCCGAUUUAAUGAUCAAGUAUCUUAA